GCGUCCGUCCUGCUGCGUGUAGUUUCUUCCCUUUGCUGCAGAUUCAAGAGUGUCUUUUUGGGCUACUUUUUUUGAGAUAAACAAUCAUGUCUCUGGAGGUGGAAUCCGCAGAUGUGAUCCGUCUCAUCAUGCAGUACUUGAAGGAAAAUAACCUGCAGCGGACACUGGUCACCCUGCAGGAGGAGACCACAGUGUCUCUGAACACUGUGGACAGUAUCGAGAGCUUUGUGGCAGACAUAAACAGCGGCCACUGGGAUACUGUCCUGCAAGCCAUCCAGUCCCUCAAGCUGCCAGAUAAGACCCUUAUAGACCUUUAUGAACAGGUGGUGCUGGAGCUGAUCGAGUUGAGAGAGUUGGGUGCGGCACGUUCACUCCUCAGGCAGACCGACCCCAUGAUCAUGCUGAAACAGACCCAACCAGAGAGAUACAUCCACCUGGAGAACCUGCUAGCCCGCUCUUACUUCGAUCCAAGAGAGGCGUAUCCAGAUGGCAGCAGUAAAGAGAAGAGGCGAGCAGCCAUCGCCCAGGCCCUGGCAGGGGAGGUCAGCGUGGUGCCUCCCUCUCGUCUUAUGGCUCUGCUGGGACAGUCUUUGAAGUGGCAGCAGCAUCAGGGUCUCCUGCCUCCUGGCAUGACCAUCGAUUUGUUCCGAGGUAAAGCGGCUGUAAAAGAUGUGGAGGAGGAGCGCUUCCCCACCCAGCUCAGCAGACACAUCAAGUUUGGACAGAAAUCUCAUGUGGAGUGUUCCAGAUUCUCCCCUGAUGGUCAGUAUCUGGUCACCGGCUCUGUGGACGGCUUCAUUGAGGUGUGGAACUUCACCACCGGCAAAAUCAGAAAGGAUUUAAAGUACCAGGCUCAGGAUAACUUCAUGAUGAUGGACGACGCUGUGUUGUGUAUGUGCUUCAGUCGAGACACAGAGAUGUUGGCAACUGGAGCUCAGGAUGGGAAGAUCAAGGUGUGGAAGAUCCAGAGCGGUCAGUGUUUGAGAAGGUUUGAACGCGCCCACAGUAAAGGAGUUACAUGCGUCAGUUUCUGUAAGGACAGCAGUCAGCUCCUCAGUGCCUCCUUUGACCAGACCAUCAGAAUCCAUGGACUGAAGUCAGGUAAAACCCUCAAAGAGUUCCGUGGUCACUCCUCGUUUGUAAACGAAGCCACCUUCACUCCGGACGGCCACCACAUCAUCAGCGCUUCCUCGGACGGUACAGUCAAGGUGUGGAACAUGAAGACCACUGAGUGCACCAACACCUUCAAGCCUCUGGGCACGUCAGCCGGCACAGACAUCACAGUGAACAACGUCGCUCUGCUGCCAAAGAACCCGGAGCACUUCGUAGUGUGUAACCGCUCCAAUACAAUGGUCAUCAUGAACAUGCAGGGACAGAUCGUGAGGAGUUUCAGCUCUGGUAAGAGGGAAGGCGGUGACUUUGUGUGCUGCACUCUGUCGCCCCGAGGCGAGUGGAUCUACUGCGUGGGAGAAGACUUUGUGCUCUACUGUUUCAGCACAGUCACCGGCAAGCUGGAGAGAACGCUGACGGUCCACGAGAAGGAUGUGAUCGGCAUCGCCCACCACCCCCAUCAGAACCUGAUCAGUACCUACAGUGAGGAUGGUCUGCUGAAGCUCUGGAAGCCUUGACGUGUUUUUUCUCAGACUGAAAUUAGACGUUCUCACUCGACAUCUUCUCUCCUCACUCUGGAUAGUCCUCCGCCCUUUUUGUCGGUUGUUGUUGUUGUAUGUUGGGAAUCAUUGUCUUUCAGGUCACUGGUCUGGACUUUAAACUGGGGUGAAUAAUAGAACCACCAAGUUUGACAUUUAAUCAGCUGCAGAUUUCAUCUUAUAAUUGUGACUCUUUUUGUACCUUUGAAGUCUUACAGCUGAAUAAAGGUAACUAAGGACAGUGAGGUAUUUGCAGAGUAGAACCUUAUUUAACUGAAUUUGUAAUUCUGAGAAACCGUUUUCACUUUAUCCAACAGUAAAAUGAUUUAACAUCUACUCUACAAAGAUUAACACUGUUAAUUAAUUGAGUAUUAGUCAUUGCUUUGCAGAGGGAGUUAAAAACAUACAAUUAUUACAAAUACUGUGAACGCAGUCAUUAACCAUGUUUGGAACAUGUUUAUCCAGACUUUUGAGAAUUUAACUUAUUCCCCCUUGAUGUUUAGUUUUAUGUCAAAGUUCAAUAAGGUUCUGCUGUCCAACACGUGAAGUCUAAAGACAUUGAUAAGAUUCACCAUGAGAAUCUUCAGACAAAGUAACGAGGUGACUCAGAUUUUCAGGGUGAGGAGUGUAAGAUACGUGACUCAGUUCUUGUUUUGAAAAUUCUUUUUUUGUACAUAUUUUUUAUUUGCAUCUUGAUUUUUUCAAAAGACCUGGUUAAAUAGUGUGUGGUUGAUUGUCCGUCUGAUUUUCUUCUUUUUUAACUCCCCAAAGAAUUGAGUGACAUCCCCUAAAAUUAUUUCAUACACUUCUUUGUUAACUGAAAUGAUUCAGUUCUUACUAAGAGACCCAAGUAAAACAUGCAAAUUAACAUCAAAGCCAAUGUACCCUGAUUUGAAGACGUCACAUGUAAUAUGUCUUUAUUAUUAUUAAAGCUGUUUAACCAGAA